GAACCGGAACUCUUGAAACACUAUUAUGUUUCUAAGGGACGCGUUAAGGAGACGUACUUCUUGGCUGGCUUCAACACUAACAACAACAAAGGGGAACUAAAGAAAUUUGUCCUUUUAAAACGGUAGUACUGCUGUGUAGUUAUAGUAUCCGCCAGGAGUUCGUCAUGAAUGUGAAUCAGGGGACGGUGGGCAGCGACCCGGUCAUUCUGGCCACGGCUGGAUACGACCACACUGUCCGCUUCUGGCAGGCCCACAGCGGGAUCUGCACCAGGACGGUCCAGCACCAGGACUCACAAGUAAAUUCACUCGAGGUCACACCUGACAGAAGUAUGAUUGCAGCCGCAGGUUAUCAGCAUAUCCGCAUGUACGACUUGAACUCCAACAACCCCAACCCGGUCAUCAACUACGAUGGAGUUAGCAAGAACAUCACGUCUGUGGGCUUCCACGAAGAUGGACGCUGGAUGUACACAGGAGGAGAGGACUGCAUGGCUCGCAUAUGGGACCUGAGGUCAAGAAAUCUGCAGUGUCAGAGGAUCUUCCAAGUAAACGCUCCAAUCAACUGUGUGUGCUUGCAUCCUAACCAGGCAGAGCUUAUAGUUGGAGACCAGAGUGGAGUGAUCCAUAUCUGGGAUCUGAAGACAGACCAUAAUGAGCAGCUGAUUCCAGAGCCGGAGGUCUCAAUCAACUCAGUUCACAUUGACCCAGAUGCGAGUUACAUGGCAGCAGUCAACAGCUCGGGAAACUGUUACGUGUGGAACCUCGCUGGAGGCAUCGGGGAUGAAGUGACUCAGCUCAUUCCCAAAACCAAGAUCCCUGCGCACAAACGCUAUUCCCUCCGCUGCAAGUUCAGCCCCGAUUCCACGCUGCUGGCCACCUGCUCGGCAGACCAGACGUGUAAGAUCUGGAGGACGUCCAAUUUCUCACUGAUGACAGAGCUCAGCAUCAAGAGCAAUAAUCCGGGAGAAACAUCCAGAGGCUGGAUGUGGGACUGCGCCUUCUCCGGAGACUCGCAGUAUAUUGUUACAGCCUCCUCAGAUAACCUGGCUCGCCUGUGGUGCGUGGAAACUGGUGAGAUCAAAAGGGAAUACAGCGGCCACCAGAAGGCCGUGGUGUGUCUGGCCUUUAAUGACAGCGUGCUCGGCUGAGAAGCAGAAGGAGGAGAUAAAAGGUUGUCAGACAGGAACUAAAGACUCUUAUGAGGGUGCCACUCAUGUCACGUAUGUCAGCGCCAGUACAGUGAUCGACUUGAGGAAGCGGGCACAGUGGCCAUCUCUGGCAUAUGCGCAGAGUGACACAGCCAAAAUAAAAAUCUGUAAAGUUAAAAUCUGUUUUAAUGGACUUAUUUUGUUUCCACAGACGUACAGAAAGAAAUCUGUCAAUGACGAGGCAGACAUAAUAGUUUGUUUGUUUUUUUAUUCAAAUUGCAAAACUCUGUUUUUACAGAGCGCUAUAUUUAUUGUAAAAAAGACCACAUUAAUCACAGGUGCUUUGUAUGUGCAGCAGACUUGUCUAAUCUCUUACAUGUGCUAUGUAUGAUUUAUUUGAAUAGCUGUUCUGUUCUUCAUUAUGUGGAGGAGGACUGCUGAAUAAACGGUGUACAGAAAUGUCUUUAUACCCAA